AUGUUUUUGGAUGCUCUCCAAUUUUACUCUAAGACCCCAGUAGAAAUCAUCGUCGAUGCUCUGGAUGAAUGUCAAGAAGACGAGGUUCGGAACGUCAUAUCUGCUUUCGAGAAGUGCGCUGCAGACUAUAUCACCAAGGGCUUCCAGAAUCUAAAGAUAUGUUGGGCCAGUCGGCACUACCCUCACAUCAGCAUCAAUCAUGGAUAUGAAAUCAAAGUCGAGACCAUGAAUCUCGAAGAUAUCAACUUAUAUGUGCGUCGCCACCUUACUAGACCCGAGCGUGGUGAAGAACUACGCUCCUUGGGCUCCGAGAUAGUUAUGAAGUCGCAAGGCGUGUUCAAGUGGAGUGUUCUUGUUGUAAGCAAGAUUUGUAAACUUGCUGAUAGAGGCUUUCCACUCGUCAAGAUCAAAAAGGUGGUUCAUGACUUGCCAUCUGAAUUGGGCAAGCUUUAUGCCGAAAUCUUCUCGUCUCUUGACCCAGAACUGGCAGAAGAUACUGCUAGCCUUAUGUAUUUUGACACUAUAUGCGCAAAGACCGUCGGAUACUGA